AUGGCGCUUAAUUAUGGAACAUUAAUACGUGCUGCUAGUAAGUUACCUGAACAACGAACACCAACGGAAAUCAAUGAUUUUAUCGUUCCAUGGCUUAAACAAUCAUUAAAAAAGAAGCAGGGAAUCUUUCAAAAAAUUUCUGAUGAUGUUAUCUACGAUAUUUGUAAGACAAUCAUGAUAGAACGACGUCCGGCAUGGGAUGUUGUUAUUCGUCAAAAUGAUCGAGGUGAUACAUUCUAUAUUAUAUUACAAGGAUCCGUUAAUAUCUAUCGUCUUGAUGACGAUAGCCCACAAGCAAUACCUGAAGAUUUCGAUUCAGUUACUGAAUUUACUAAACUUGAUGCUGAACCAGAAAAACGCGAAGAACUUAUAAUACAAACUUUCGGGAAUUAUGUUGUUACUUUAGUUGGUGGUUUUGAUUUCGGUGAACGAGCGCUUAUUACAAAUGAACCUCGUAGUGCUACUGUGAUGACAACUAUAGCAACAGAUUUAUUGGUUGUUGAUCGAGAAGUUUUUAGUCGUACACUUAAAUCAGCACACGAAAAAGAAUUACAAGAAAAAACGGAAUUUAUUAAUCGAUGUCCUUUAUUUUCUUCAUGGUCAGCAAGAUUGAAACGUCUUGUCAGUCUUAGUUUAGAACGUGGUCGAUUUGCCUAUGAUAGUAUGCUUUAUAAGCAAGGCACCUAUGCGGAUGCUGUUUACUUUAUAUGGAGUGGUGAAGUUAAAUUAAGCAUAGAUCCAUUACUUCAUUGGCUUCAAUAUCCACAUCUUCUUCCACAGUCAGACCCAAUGAAACAACGUGCUUUUGAACUCUUUCUCCCGAUGCUUCAACUUACGCGUCCAACUGAUACUGUAUCGCGAGAGAGUUUUGCUAUAAAACGACGUUAUAUGACAUUUGCUGAAGCUGAACGCGAACGUUCCCAUCGAAAUAAACAAGUUGCUCUAUUAAAUACGGGUGAUAUUAUUGGUCUCGAAUCUUACGUCUGCGAUUUAAAUACACAUAUGAAUUCAGCUCGAUGUACAGCGCCCUGUGAUCUUUUCUAUAUUUUAAAACAUAAUUUUGUUCGUUUACAAAAACGUCAUGGUACACAAGGUCUUAGCGAACGCUUACGCGAAAUCGUUCUUCUCUCAUUACAAGCCUAUCCACCACGAAUAUUACAUUUGCCAUUAAUUAAUUCUUUAAUGAAACGUCAGUUGGCAUCAGUAACAAAUGAUGAACAACAGCAAUAUCAUGCUAAACAAUCAUGGUUAUUUCAUCUUCAUAAUGCAACUCAUUCUAAUGUUCGUCGGCCAGGUGCAACAUCGGGUCAUACAUCAACAACAAAUAGUGCAUCAACAACACGUUCAUUACGCGCAAGAUCACUCGGCAAAGCAGCUGCAAUACAUUAUGUUACUAAUGAUCAUAUACGUGUUACUAAAAUCGAAGACCGUUUGAAACAAUGGCAUGCACAAAUGGGUGACGAUUCAAAAACACAAAUACGUUCAUUAACACGAUUUAACGUUGAAGGCGUGACAGGAAGUGCUCUAUCACGUUCAACACCAGCGGAUACGUUAGAAUCACAUUCAGACGGUACUGGCCUUUCGUCAAGUCUAUCCAGCGAAGGCAACGACGUACCUGCUCCGGUUGAAUCUCGUAUGGAAAUAUCUGUUAACAUGAACGACAAUCUAUCAACGUAUCCAGCUAGUACAUCCUCAUGUUCAAAAACUCAUUUACCUCAACUACGCAUUUGUACAAAACAAGAACGAUACGAAGAUCUUCGAGCCUAUCUCAAACAAGCAUGGAAAGAAUUUCUCAAACGACCUAUUCCAGCUGUUUAUUAA